CAUCCUCGAGGAUCCCAAAGCGUUGAAUAAACGGUUGUACAAAGAGGUCACUGGAGCCCAGCUGACAGCUGUUUUAAUAAUAACUAUCCAGGAUGAGAAGACUGACAAGAGAAGAAGCUAGCUGAACAGCUAUAAGAUGCCCAAAUCUGGGUUCACAAAACCAGUUCAGAGUGAAAAUUCUGACAGUGACAGCAAUAUGGUAGAAAAACCAUAUGGAAGAAAGAGUAAAGACAAGAUUGCAUCCUAUAGCAAAACUCCAAAAAUUGAUCGAAAUGAUGUGGGCAAGGAGAUGAAAGAGAAAUCAUCCAUGAAACGUAAACUUCCUUUUACCAUCAGCCCAUCAAGAAAUGAAGAACGAGAUUCAGACACAGAUUCAGACCCAGGACAUACAAGUGAGAAUUGGGGGGAGAGACUUAUAUCUUCUUACAGGACAUGCUCAGAGAAAGAAGGUCCAGAAAAGAAGAAAACAAAAAAGGAAGCUGGAAAUAAGAAGUCCACUCCAGUUAGCAUUCUUUUUGGUUACCCACUUUCAGAGCGAAAGCAGAUGGCACUUCUUAUGCAGAUGACAGCAAGGGACAACAGUCCAGAUUCCACACCAAAUCAUCCAUCGCAAACAACACCAGCCCAAAAGAAAACUCCCAGUUCCUCAUCUCGACAAAAAGACAAAGUUAAUAAAAGAAAUGAACGUGGUGAAACUCCUUUACACAUGGCAGCUAUUCGGGGAGAUGUAAAACAAGUCAAAGAACUAAUAAGUUUAGGAGCAAAUGUGAAUGUGAAAGAUUUUGCAGGUUGGACACCACUGCAUGAAGCUUGCAACGUGGGAUAUUAUGAUGUUGCUAAGAUACUGAUAGCAGCUGGAGCAGAUGUUAACACACAAGGAUUAGAUGAUGACACUCCACUCCAUGAUUCCGCUAGUAGUGGGCACAGAGAUAUUGUGAAACUGCUGCUUCGUCAUGGUGGAAAUCCUUUUCAAGCUAAUAAACAUGGGGAGCGUCCAGUGGAUGUGGCAGAAACAGAGGAGCUGGAGUUGCUGCUGAAAAGAGAGGUGCCUUUGUCUGAUGAUGAUGAGAGUUACACAGAUUCUGAAGAGGCUCAGUCAGUAAAUCCUUCCAGCGUUGAUGAAAAUAUUGACUCUGAGACAGAGAAAGACUCUCUCAUCUGUGAAAGUAAACAGAUAGUUCCCAGUAAAGCACCUCUUCCAUCUGCCCUUGAUGAGUAUGAGUUCAAAGAUGAUGAUGAAGAGGAAAUAAAUAAAAUGAUUGAUGACAGACAUAUUCUUAGGAAAGAGCUGCGAAAAGAGAAUGAAUCUGAAGUAGAAAAAAAUAGUUUAUUUGCAAAACAGGAAAAAGCUUUCUAUCCUAAAUCAUUUAAAAGUAAAAAACAAAAGCCGUCUAGGGUUUUAUAUUCAAGUUCUGAAAGUUCAGAUGAAGAAAUUCUUCAGAACAAAAAGUGUUCUGCUCCAUGUUCUGUCCCUGAAACAUCAAAUUCUGAUAUUCAAACCAAAAAGGAAUAUGGAGUUUCAAAUGAACACAAACAGAAAGGCAAAGUUAAAAGAAAAUUAAAGAACCAGAACAAAAAUAAAGAGAACCAAGAGCUGAAGCAAGAAAAAGAGGGGAAAGAAAAUACCAGAGUAACAAACUUGACAGUUAAUACUACACUAGAUUGUUCAGAUAAGACCAGAGACGAGGGGAAUUUUAGGAAAUCUUUUAGCCCGAAAGAUGAUACUUCAUUACAUUUGUUUCAUAUUUCCAGUGGUAAAUCUCCCAAACAUUCUUGUGGACUCAGUGAAAAGCAGUCAACACCACUAAAACAAGAACAUUCUAAAACCUGUUUAUCACCAGGAAGUUCUGAAAUGUCAUUACAGCCUGAUCUUGUUCGGUAUGAUAAUAUAGAAUCUGAAUUCUUGCCAGAAAGUUCAAGUGUAAAAUCUUGUAAGCAUAAGGAAAAAAACAAACAUCAUAAAGAUUUCCACUUAGAAUUUGGUGAGAAGUCAAAUGCCAAAAUAAAAGAUGAUGAUCACAGUCCAACAUUUGAAAAUUCAGAUUGCACACUGAAAAAAAUGGAUAAAGAGGGUAAAACAUUAAAAAAACAUAAGUUAAAACAUAAAGAAAGGGAAAAAGAAAAGCAUAAAAAAGAAAUUGAAGGUGAAAAGGAAAAAUACAAAAGUAGGGAUGGUACUAAAGAGCUGCAACGGAGUGUGGAAUUUGAUAGAGAGUUUUGGAAAGAGAAUUUUUUUAAAAGUGAUGAAACCGAAGAUCUAUUUUUAAGUAUGGAACAUGAGUCCCUAACAUUAGAAAAAAAGUCAAAGUUGGAGAAAAACAUUAAAGAUGAUAAAUCAACCAAGGAAAAGCAUAUCUCCAAAGAGAGAAACUUUCCCGAACGGGAAAAGAUUAAAAAGGAAAGUGAAAAAUCUUUUAGGGAGGAAAAAAUAAAAGAUUUAAAAGAUGAGCGAGAGAAUGUACUUACAGAUAAAGAAACAGAAUUCAGCUCUUUAGGUGUAAGUGCCACUGAAGAGACUAUAGGGUUACAUUCAGUGGAAAAGGAAAUAGAAAUUGAAAAGCAUAUGAAAGAAAGUAAGGAAAAAUCUGAGAAACGAUUUCAGACCAAAGAUAAGGACAUUGAGAGGGCUGACAGAAAAAAUUCUGAAAAAGAGAAGAAGAUAAAACAUGAGCAUAAGUCAGAGAAAGACAGAUUAGAUCCUAGUGAAUGUGUCGACAGAAUAAAAGAAAAGGACAAGCUAUAUUUACAUCACACAGAAAAAUGCCAUAGAGAAGGUGAGAAGCUAAAAAACAUUACUACUAUUAAAAAAAACGAUGACCGAGAUAAAAGUAGAGAAAAGAUGGAUAGGAAACAUGACAAAGAAAAACCUGAGAAAGAGAGACAUCCAGCAGAGAGCAAAGAGAAGCACUUGAUGGAAAAAAAAAACAAGCCAUCAGAUAAUAGUGACUAUACUAAAUCAGAAAAAAGCAAAAAUAAAGAAAAAGAUAGGGAGGUAGAUAAAAAGGACAAAUCUAGAGACACUGUAAAUGUAAGUAAUUCCAAACACUUCCAGGAAGAGAGAAAGUCAAGUAUAACAGACAGUAAUAAAGCACAACAUGAAAAAACUUUCUCUCUCAAAGAAAAAACAAAAGAUGAACCUUUGAGAACUCCUGAUGGAAAAGAAAAAGAUAAAAAAGAUAAAGAUAUAGAUAGAUAUAAAGAACGAGACAAACAUAAGGAUAAAAUUCAACUGAGUAGUUCACUCAAACUAAAAUCCGAAGGAGAUAAGCCUAAACCUAAGUCAUCACCAGCAUCAAAGGAUACUCGGCCCAAAGAAAAGAGGCUCGUGAAUGACGACUUAAUGCAGACCAGCUUUGAACGGAUGCUAAGCCUUAAAGACCUGGAAAUAGAGCAGUGGCACAGAAAACACAAGGAAAAGAUUAAACAAAAAGAAAAGGAACGGUUGAGAAAUCGCAAUUGUUUAGAACUUAAAGUAAAAGAUAAAGAAAAAACAAAGCAUGGACUAGCUGAGUCCAAAAAUAAAGAACUUACUAGGUCAAAGAGUUCUGAGUUGACUGAUACUUACACUAAGGAGAAACACUGUAAAGAUGUUGUAAGUAACAGAUCCCAAUCUGUGGACACCAAAAAUACGACGAGUUUAGGCAAGUCAUCCUUUGUUUCAGAUAAUAGCUUGAACAGGUCUCCUAGAUCAGAAAGUGAAAAGCCAGGUCUCAGCUCCAGGUCUGUCUCCAUGAUUUCAGUGGCUAGCUCAGAAGAUUCCUGCCUUACUACAAUGACAACCCCAAGGCCUCCAGUUGAGUAUGACUCAGACUUUAUGUUAGAGGGUUCAGAUUCCCAAAUGUCCUUUUCCCAGUCACCGUUUUUGCCAGUUGCCAAAUCUCCUGCCCUUCAUGACAGGGAGCUGGAUAGCCUGACUGACCUAUCAGAGCGGAUUAAAGCAUCAUAUGCUAGCAAGCUUCUGACCUCCCAUCUCCGGGCAUCUUCUAUUGAAGAUGCUAAACUAGUUACAAAUGAAGGGAGAUCAGCUGCAGAAGCCCGAAGAUGUAGCAUGCCCUCUGUCAUUUGUGAGCAUACAAAGCAAUUUCAAACAAUAUCAGAAGAGAGCAAUCAAGAUGGCUCAGCUGUGCCAAGAGAGAUUUGUCCUUCUCCCAAAUCUGAGGUAUCCUCCAAUGUGCCUGAAAGAGAACUUUUGAGCGUUAACGUACAUUCCAGUUUUGCAGCCUCUCCAACUAGAUCUGUAAACAGCAAAUAUAAUUCUACUGAUACAAAUGUCAUCAAGGGCACUGCUCCCAUGGGCACGCUGAUGGGCAGUCCUGCGCACUUAGAGCCGUCUAAUCAGGUUGGUGUGAUCCAAAGUAAGUCAUGGGAGAUGGAGUCGUUAAACACCAGAGACUUUAGCUGCCCAAAUUCUGCUGCACCUGAUCAAGAUUCUUCUGUUCAGGGUUUUUGUAAUCCUGAAAACAAAGUAUUGAGAGAACAGAAUAUUGAUUUUGUGUCCGUGCACCAGACUGAAUUGCCAGGAAACACUUGUGCUCAGGAUCCAGCAUCCUUUCUCGCUUCACAGCAACCUUGCUCUUCUCACAGCCAAUCACUUUCAGAUGGUGAAUCUAUUUCCAGACAUACUUCUUUGUCCUAUGUCACCGCUCAAGAACCAGGUAUUCUGCAGCAGAAAAAUGCAAUUCAAAUGAUCAGUUCUGUUUUGGAUACUGAUACUGAACCUACAAAAGAUACGGAAAAUACUUUUGUCCUAACGGACGUUCAGAAGACAGAUGCCUUUGUCCCAGUGUACUCUGAAAACAUUGUUGAAGAAGCAGCACCAAAUUUUGAGAAAGCUAGUACUUUGCCAGUAUUGCCAUCAGAAAAGGACUUUAAUGGAAGUGAUUCGUCUUCCCAGCCAAAUCCUCAUUACACAUUUAGCAAGCUAAUGUUUAAGUCUUCCAGUGGCCAUGAGGCUGAAAAAAGCACUUCUGAUAUUCAGGAUACUUCACAUGAAAAAGAAAACAAACUGGAGAGUUUGGUUUUGACUCAUUUGAACAAUAAGUGUGAUUCUGAUUUAUGUGAAAUGAAUGCAGGGGUGCCAAAAGGAAACCUGAGUGAACCAGAUAAUCCAAAACCUUGUCCUGAAAGUGAGAAGUGUUUGCUUUCCUUUGAGGAUGAGGAGUCACAACAGAGUACUUUAUCGAGUCUAGAGAACCAUCCACAGCCAUCGGCUCCACCAGAAAUGCAUAAAUACGGACACUUAGUUAAAGUAGAACUAGAGGAAAGUGCUGAAGAUGAUAAACCUGAAAACCAGAUCCCUCAAAGGAUGACCAGAAACAAAGGGAACACAGGAGCCAGUCAAAGCAAGCAGCUUCUGGCCAGCUGUGCUCUGUUACCAGACAAAGACAGUGAAUCUGCAUCCCCUCGAGGAAGAAUAAGAUUAACUGAGGAGGACGACCCUCAGAUUCACCACCCUCGGAAAAGGAAAGUGUCUCGGGUGCCUCAGCCCGUGCAAGUGAGUCCCUCUCUGCUGCAAGCAAAAGAGAAAACCCAGCAGUCCCUGGCCGCCAUUGUGGACUCGCUGAAGCUCGAUGAGAUCCAGCCAUACAGCUCAGAGCGCGCAAAUCCCUAUUUUGAAUACUUGCACAUAAGAAAAAAGAUUGAAGAAAAGCGCAAGUUGUUAUGUAGUGUGAUCCCUCAGGCACCUCAGUAUUAUGAUGAAUAUGUGACGUUUAAUGGGUCGUAUCUCCUGGACGGAAACCCCUUAAGCAAGAUCUGCAUACCCACAAUUACACCCCCACCUUCACUGUCAGAUCCACUUAAAGAGCUUUUUCGACAACAGGAAGUUGUCAGGAUGAAACUACGUUUGCAGCACAGUAUUGAAAGGGAAAAACUCAUUGUAUCCAAUGAACAGGAGGUUCUUCGGGUUCAUUACAGAGCUGCAAGGACACUGGCAAAUCAGACACUGCCAUUCAGUGCAUGCACGGUUCUCCUGGACGCGGAAGUGUACAGCGUGCCCCUGGAUGCCCAGUCUGAUGACAGUAAAACUUCUGUGAGGGAUCGCUUUAAUGCAAGACAGUUCAUGUCUUGGUUACAAGAUGUGGAUGAUAAAUUCGACAAAUUAAAGACCUGUCUUUUAAUGAGGCAACAGCAUGAAGCUGCAGCUUUAAAUGCCGUCCAGAGGUUAGAAUGGCAGCUCAAACUCCAGGAACUUGAUCCUGCCACCUAUAAAUCUAUCAGCAUCUAUGAAAUUCAGGAGUUUUACGUUCCCCUGGUUGAUGUUAACGAUGACUUUGAAUUGACUCCUAUAUAGCAGCUGUUACUUCCUGGUGGUAUCUUAAACAAAUGAGGCUCAAGAGUGUUGUGCUGUGGAGUGCUGCCUUUUGACAAAAAUACAAUAUUAUGCCUUCACAAUUGUUAGUAAAGUUCAACUAAAGUUGGUGAUGUAGUAAACACUGUCAUUUUAUUAAAAAUGAAAAGAAUUAUUUUGGAUCUUAGAUCCAAGCAGUUUCUAACUGAAAACUACUAUUUAUAUUGGUGGAAUGUGACUCACAUUGGAGCCCGUUGGCAGAUGUCAUAGUUGAGUAGGAAGCAGAGGGGGCUGCUAAUGGCGCUGGAAGCUGUUAGCGCUCUGUACGAGGUGACUGCGGGUGUUCAGGUUCUGUCACAGUCUGCUAAAAUAGAUCAACAAACUAAAAGGCGCAGUUCCUACCAAAUAGUUUCUAAUGUGGAAGGAAAACUUGGCACAAAAUUUCUUCAGUUUAUUUUAUCUGUAAGUUAAUUGUAUAGCUUUCUUUUCGAAAGUUUUAAUAUUGUCUUCCUUUUUAAUAACUUAUUUUAUACAUAUUGUGCAGAUGUAAAUCUUGUAAUUAAUGGUCAAAAUGUAUACAAAGGGAUUGGUAGUCAAAACAUAUACAAAGAGAUAAUUGUAAACCUGUUUUGUCUAAUGUUUUAUUGGACCAAAGUUGUAGUUUGUAUGGUAUGGAGUGUAGUGAUAGUGUGUUGAGGUAGCAGGACCUUUAAAUAAGGCAUGCGUGUCUGCGUUAGCUUGUUACCAUCACAGAAUUGUAGAGACUGUGACUUAGCUGCAUGCUUCCUAUAAUUUAACCCUCUCCACAGUGAUGCCUGGCGGUAGUGUAAGGUGUUUCAUACCAGUCUCCCAGGGUAGGACCUUUGACUUACUAUGUUGGACAUUUUAUUUAGAAUUAGUCAUGCAAAGAAACAGCUCUUUCUUCAUCUCACGAUAGAGCCUAUUCUCCUCCCUCCCCCCAAAAAAUGCCUUUGAAUGAAAAUUCUGAAAUUGUAAAUGUCUAUUUUAAUACUCAAGUAUGAAAGAAUCUGUGAAUAUAUGUAAAUAUGUUUAAUAAAUUUUAUUGGUCAUGUUAAAUCAUUGUAAAACUUUUUUACAUUGCUCAAAUAUAAUGUUUUAAGCUUAAUAACCUUUGCACUUUUAAAUAAAAACUGAAUACUCAAGAAAGAAAUCCUUGGUAGUCACAAUAAGUAAAAGCAAUGGGCAUAUUCCUAUUGACCUCUGCAAUGUUUAUGAAAAAUUAAUAUGUUGUAUUUUUUCCUUGUAUCAAGAAGCAAAACAUACUUUUCAGAAUUUUAUAAUUAAAGUAAGAUUUGGUAUGCUGUUUUUUAGUAAAAUAAUUAGCAAUAUAUGUAGAAAAAGUCCAGUUUCUCCUAUAACAUGAUGUCAAUUAAAUGUUCAGGAAUAUUUCAGAUUUGAAACCUGCUGCUAAACUUAUUAAACAUUUUUGGAAAGAAAAUUAGGUUAUAUGUAAAAUUGGUCAUAAGUAUAUGAAAUAAAAUUUACAGAACUUUCUGUAAUACCUUCUUGAAUUAUAAAAUAAUACUGGAUGUUUUUUAUUCCAAUAGAAGUAAAAGAGAAUAUAUAAGGAAUAAAGUGAUUUAAAUUCAGCUAACAAGUUGGAAGUCCCAGCUAAUGGGAAAGAAUGUAAAAUUGAAGUUUUUGAGUGCAAAGGUAUAUAUUAAGCUUAGGGGUUUUGAAUUUUUACUUCAGUUUAUAUUUUAAUUCAUACUGUACUUGGCAUGCGCAAUAAAGCAGCACAUGUGAAAAAUACACAGUGCAAGGACUUUAUUAUAAAGAUUGGAUGUAGUAGUCUUUAGAAAUUUAGAUGAAAGAUUUUGGCCUUUUUUAUUGGAUAAAUGAGGCCAAGAAAGGCAGGGUAGAUUUUAAAGCACUGGUUUUGUUGAAGUUAAGUUUAUUAAGGCUGGGAACAUUAAAAGCUAAUUUAUAAAAGCAAUACUUUUUAAUAUGAAAAAAUUAAUGCAAAUUUUGUUUAUACUUUUGCCUAAAAGUAAAAAAAAAAAACAGAUUACUGAGCAUUGAAGUCACAGAAAACAUGAGAAGGGGAAGUUCAUACAGCAUUUUGUUCUGAUGGUUCAACCAGAGAUGGGGCACGCAGGAAAAAAAAAAAAAAAAUCACUGUUUGGCCAAACAGAACAAGCUGCAGAAGAGAAAAACCAAGCAAGCAGAAAUCUGGCCUUUUUUAGUCACCCCAGCGUCUUAGUACUAACCACAGUUCUCUCCCUCUUCAACGGUACCUCAAGUUGCUGGAGCCUGUCUGCCAUGAUUAUGCUUCUGCAGAUUCCCUCUGUAAAGUGACUUGAAGCUAAUUGGAAUAGCUUAGGAAAAAAAAAAGUGAAUGCCUUCUCCAGAGGAAUUCACACUUAAGUAAGUAGUUAAGGGCUCUUGAUAUUAAAGAUAUUCUGAAGCUCUGAAAUGCUAGAAAAAAACUUGGAGUGAAGUCUAUGACUAAAAUGAUAUAGGAUUCUGAAAGAAAUAAAUGAUGGUUAGUUUAAUCAGUGAUUUUUUUUUUAACUAUUCAAAUAUCAUGAACAAGAUACUAAAUUGUACCUAAGGAUUUGUAUUUCUUUAAAUCUUGUUCUAAAUCAUAUCUGUUUAAUAAAUGACUAGUUGAUAUUUGUGCAUGUUAUUUAAUAAAGAGUUAUAUUUUUAUAGAAAAAA